AUGAUUCUACGGAUACUACUGGUGUUCUUGUUGAGAUCGGCUUUUGGAGACCGGGAGCUGUCGCGAUGUCCGUACGAUUUCGUUUGUCACAAUGGACUCUGUGAUUCGAAUGAAAGAUGUCAAUGUACACCAGGAUGGACUGGUGAGCAGUGUGAGGUGGAAUUGUGCCCCUCAUAUCCCUGUGUGAAUGGCUACUGCAACGCAACUGAAGACGGCCGGAAAACUUGUCAGUGUGAUCAUAGAUUUGAGGGACAAUACUGUGAGCUGGACAGAGACGAGUGUACCCUUAGACCGUGUCCAGCAGAUGCAGAAUGUGUAAAUCAUGUGGCAAAACAUAAAAAAGACAAGGGUUAUUCUUGUCUAUGUCCGAUUGGUUACACUGGCGAAUUUUGUGAAGUAGAGGGUGAGAAUUACUGUUACAACGGAGGAAUCUGUGAUGCUCGUUAUGUUUGUAUUUGCGAGGAUGGUUGUCCUGAACGACCGGAAGUAUGCGCUAAAGUUUUUGACAAUGGCCAAUGCGACGAGGUUUGCAAUCGUGAAUCUUGCCUUUUCGACGGUUUUGACUGUGUGAAACAUGAUGAUUUUGUGUGUCGAAAUCCCUCUGACUGCGCUUACAAGUAUGGAGAUGGACACUGUGACGAUGAUUGUGCCGGAGCCGAAUGUGGAUUCGAUGGCGGUGAUUGCAAUGGAUCUAAGAAUACGUUUCGUGGCCGCAAUGUUAAUAUUAUUGGUGUGGCGCUGGGAUUACCACCUGAUGUUGCCGUCAAGAAUUUGCGACAGCUUCAAGCGGAACUUGCUCAGUGGUGCUACUCUAUUAUACCAGCUUGUGUAUUAAAAUCGUUUUGCCAGCGCCUCUAUACACAUGUGAGUCUUGCGCAAGAUGUCGAUGGUGUCAUGGUAUAUGAAUGGAGUUCUGAUCAUGGUCAGGGAAAUCGUGUUGUGCUUAAUGAAGAACUUGCAAGUGCUAUACAAACUACUGCUACUGGCACUAUAAUUUUUUUCGAUGUUGAUACUUCGGCCUGUCGACUUAAAAUUCGAAGAAACAACUCGCAGCCACAUUGCUUCACCGACCUUCGUGCUGCUGCCACCUACCUUGCUUUGGAAUUAACACGGUUUCGUCCAAUUAGUGGAAAGACUUUACCUAUUCGCGAUGUUACUUGGAAGCAAAAACAGAUUGUAGGUUAUCCUGGUUGCUCCUAUCAACCGCCCACACCACCGUACUCUGCAUCGCCAGAGAACGGCAAUAACGAAGAAUAUUCCCACUCCAAGGAUGCCGAAAAUUCGUUGGCACCGAUCAUCGACGCUGAGUCACCUCUUUUAUCAGCAGUUCGCCGUGGUGACCUCAAGGCUGUUAAAGAGAUGAUUUCGAGUAAAGAGGCUUUCAUGGAUACGUUGUUUGAAAGGAAUGCGGCUGGUCAGUCUCCCCUCCUGUUUGCUGCACGUAUGGCACAUCCUGGACUGGAAUGCAUUUCGAUUCUCGUGUCUUCCAUCAUUGCAAUUCGUAGGCAUCGCCAUGAUGACGUUUUGUCUGGUCAUUUCAGCGAUAUUGGAAAUAGCAGGGCAGAGUUGAUUAAAUCACUCCCAUUGCAUGAUGAAGGUGAUGUUAAGUACGCUCUGACGGAUUCAAUGGGAGACGCUCCAAUACAUUUAGCGGCACGAGGGGGAAAUGUUGAAGCAGUGGUGGCUUUAAUUCAUAAUAAUUGCGAUUUGACUGCCAAAGAUGCAUUCGGAAUGUUUUCCACCUCUCCUUGUCAAGAAUACGACGGAUUUUGUCGUCUAUAUCAAAAUGGUGGCCAAGCGUCUUCACGAGUGGUUCUGUCGAGAAGUCCACUUCCAUCAGACGAACAGAAUUCACUGAUCGCAUUCUACAUGGAUGAUUACAGAGAAUUUUGGAAACCGGAAUAG